AUGCUUGAUGAAUCUGCGGAGUCCCUCGGCAUUUCUGUUCUUCCUCUCGAUGAAAUAUCUCUUCCUCUCGAUGUCGCAAUUGACGGUGCUGACGAAGUGUUCAAGACAGGCAACAGCUUGGUGCUCGUAAAAGGGCGCGGAGGCGCUCUGAUGCGGGAGAAGUUGGUGGAGAUCGUUGAUGAAGACAAACUUGUUACAGAUAAAACAUUUGGAACUACGGGAGCGCUGCCUCUGGAGAUUGUGCAGUUUGGGGCUCAGGCAACGAGACGGUCUGUGCUUGCUGCUAUUGUGAAGGUUAUAGAGGAGAAGGCCCCCCAGGGGGGCCCCUCCGAACAAGACCCUGAAAAAGCUGCGGAAGCACUGGGUGUCUCUGCGGUGUACAGACACUGCAAAGGAAGCAGCAACCAACUCUUCGUCUCAGACAACGGAAACUUCUGUCUCGAUCUCUUCUUUAAAAGACCCAUUAAAGACCCGCACAAGUUGCAUGACAGGCUCAUCAAUAUCGUUGAUGAAGACAAACUUGUUACAGAUAAAACAUUUGGAACUACGGGAGCGCUGCCUCUGGAGAUUGUGCAGUUUGGGGCUCAGGCAACGAGACGGUCUGUGCUUGCUGCUAUUGUGAAGGUUAUAGAGGAGAAGGCCCCCCAGGGGGGCCCCUCCGAACAAGACCCUGAAAAAGCUGCGGAAGCACUGGGUGUCUCUGCGGUGUACAGACACUGCAAAGGAAGCAGCAACCAACUCUUCGUCUCAGACAACGGAAACUUCUGUCUCGAUCUCUUCUUUAAAAGACCCAUUAAAGACCCGCACAAGUUGCAUGACAGGCUCAUCAAUGUUGUGGGUGUUGUGGAGACCGGCAUUUUCAUCGGUAUCAGCGAUCUCUGCAUUGUUGGUCAUUCCUCAGGCACCACCACCAGGGUGGCCCUUUAA